UAUGUCGCGGCGAAGAAAGAAGUGUGGCAAAGGGUCAUUCAUGCGGAAGCUUGGGAUAAGAUAUCUGCCGCGGAGAAGAAAGAAGUGUGGAAAGGGUCAUUCAUGCGGAAGCCCAAGGAUGAGGCGAGAAUCUAUAUUGAUAUUACUCUUUGCAGCUGUGACCGGAUGUUUGAAGUAUAGACGGACAACUUGCUACUAUUAUGUAGUGCUUUUAUCAAGUACCUGCUAUUAACC